GCGGCUGGCGGGGGCGGUGGCCGGGCGCGCGGUGCUGCGAUGGCCAGGGAGAUGCUGCCGCGGCCGCACGACAUGUCCAAGCUGCUGAGGACGCCCCAGUACGCGGCAGCGGCCAUGCGCUCGCCGGACGCGCUGCUCGACAUCUGCGCCAGGAAUGUCGCCGAAAAUGUGCCCUUCCAGCGCAUCGAGGAGCGAUACGACCGCAUUCCGGAGCCAGUGCAGCGGCGCGUCAUCUUCUGGUCGUUCCCCCGCAACGAGCACGACAUCUUCAUGUACUCUUCGCUAUCGAAGGUCCCGUCGACGAGCAGCGACUACCAGAGCCUGCCGUUCCACAAGGGGGUGCGCUUGCUGGAGACGGGCUGCGUGGAGAGCGUGCUCCAAGUUGGCUUCCACCUCAGCGGCCUGGUACACUCGUCCAAACCGACGAUGCCUCUGCCGCCCGGCUACAGCAUGGAGCCUGAAAAGAAGUACAAGGUUUCGGUCAGUUUCGACAGGUGUAAGAUCACAUCUGUGACGUGCACGUGCGAGACGCGCGACAUCUUCUGGUGCAAGCACGUGGUGGCGCUCUCCCUCUACCGGAUCCGAAACGCCGAGACCGUGAAGCUGCGCGUGCCCAUAUCAGAGACCCUGUUCCAAAUGGACCGGCAGCAGCUGCAGAAGUUCGUGCAGUACCUGAUCGCUGAGCACCACACGGAGGUGCUGCCGACGGCGCAGCGGCUGGCCGACGAGAUCCUGCGACAGCGCUCCGAGAUCAACCGGAUACAGGGCGCGCCCGACCCCACGGCCGGUGCCAGCGCCGAUGCCGAGAACAGCUGGCACCUGGACGAGGAGCAGGUGCGGGAGCAGGUCAAGUCGUACCUCUCGCAGGGUGGCUAUUGCAGCUCCAACAAACAACUCAACUCCAUGUUCGCCAAGGUGCGCGAGAUGCUGCGCGCGCGCGACUCGAACGGCUCGCGGAUGCUGAUGCUGAUCACGGAGCAGUUCCUGGCCGACCCGCGCCUCAUCCUGUGGAAGUCGCAGGGCAACCCGAUGCAGGACCGCUGCCGGCAGCUCUGGGAUCAGCUCGGCGCCCUGUGGGUCUGCGUCACGCUUAGUCCGACCAGCACCAAGCUGGACAAGGUGCGGUGGCGGGAGCUGCUGUCGCGCUGGGCCCAGGUGGAGUUCUGUCCACUGGAGGACCCCGACUACCGCGCCCCCCAGCGAGCAGCGGGCGGCGACCGCAGCGACGCCGUUCCGUGGCAGCAUUCCCGAGACCGACUCAGCUCCAGCGAGGACAGCUCGGACGACGACGUGAACAUGUCGGAGGGCCCGCCACCGCCAGCCUCGGCCCCAGUGCCCGCUCAGUCCAGCCCGACGCCGCGCACCGUGUUCCACAGACAUCGACGGCACCUACCUGACCUGGACAACGAGCAUCUGCGGCAGAUCUUGGCGCACGACGCGCCACCGCCACCGCGCCAGUGCCACUCCGCCAACUACGACGCCCAGGGACAAGCCGCUGUGCGAGCACUUGUGAAACGCCUGCACCGGUCUGUUCCAGAGCACCUGCCCACGGCCUGCGCUAGGGUCAAUGCCCUGCGCUCUCACGGCUACACGAGGGAAGCACUCCGGCUGGCCACCUCGAUCGUACGCACCCUGAAACUCUCCCAGCUGCAGGCGCAGCGCCGCUGGGAGGAGGAGAAGAGCCGCGUGCUGGCGCGCUGCAGCUACUCGGGCGUCUCGCAGAGUCCGACGCACGCGUGCCAGGAGGGCUGGAUCGGACACCCGCUGGACCCGGUCGGCGCCCUGUUCGACACGCUGGCAGAAGCGUCCGUGCUGCCGGACGCGCUCGGCAAGUGCUGCUACUUCUCAGAGCCGGCCGGCUCCAGCGACGACGGCAGCAACGUGACGCCACCACGCUAUCACCACGUGCCGGUGCCGGGCUCGCGCGACCGCGCCGAGACUCUGCUGACGCUGGCGGCCGAGGUGGCGCUGCUGUCGCUCGGACAGCAGCGCAUCAUGCCCGUCGGCCUGUACGCCCAGGAGAAGGCCUGCAAGCAGGAGGAUCGGCUCAUCGCCAAGCUGACCGAGAUCGAGGCCGACGGCCUGCUUGUGGCGGUGCUGCGGUGCCAGACGCUGCUGCUGCUAGAGGGCGGGCCCACUUCAGGCCUCGGUCAGGGCAUACACCCGGAGUCGGUGCCGCUACACACGUUCGCCAAGUACCUGUUCACCACGCUGCUGCCGCACGACGUCGACCUCGCGCAGCGGGUCGGCCUGCGCGCCAUGCGCCUGCCGAUACUGGAGGAGAUCGAGGACCCCGACGACGCCACCGUUUCCAACCUGGUGCUGCGCCGCUACCCGCGCUGGUUCACGCUUGGCAGCAUCGAGAGCCAGCAGUGCGCGCUGGCCUCCACCAUGCUGUCGGCUGUCAAAGACGACAUGUACCGGCUGCGGCUGGUGCUGGAGGCGGCGCAACUCAACAUCCACGGCUCCACACACCUGUUCAAGCUGGCGCAGGACGCCUUCCGCUUCGCCACCUCUGUGGACGGCCCGCGGCCGGCCAUGCUGCUGUCGGCGGCGCUGGAACUCGGUCUGCAGGUGAUGCGCAUGACCCUGACCUCGAUGAACUGGAGGCGCCGUGAGAUGGUGCGCUGGCUAGUGACCUGCGCCACCGAGGUGGGCGUCGACGCGCUCAUCACCAUCAUGCACAACUGGUACACGCUGUUCACGGCCACGGAGGCCACGGGGCCCGUCGCCACCACCAUCAUGUCGCACACCACCAUGCUGCGGCUUAACCUGGACUUCAAGGCGCAGGAGGACCUGAGCAACGCGGCGCGUCAGCUGGCGCUGCAGUGCGCCACCAAGGACCCGCCCAACUGCGCCCUGCACGCCCUCACCCUGUGUGAGUCGGAGCCGAUCGCGUUCGAGACGGCCUACCAGAUCGUCAUCGACGCCGCGUCGCACAUCAUGACGUCAUCCCAGCUCUUCACCAUCGCCCGAUACAUGGAGCACCGCGGCUACCCGCUGCGGGCGUACAAGCUGGCCAUGCUCGCCAUGAACACCAUCUAUCUGGUGUACAACCACGACACACACCCGGCCAUCAACGACAUCCACUGGGCGUGCGCCCUGAGUCACUCGCUGGGCAAGUCUGAGCUGUCAAGCAUGGUGCCGCUGCUGGUGAAGAACGUGCAGUGCGCCACCGUGCUCUCGGACGUGCUGCGCCGCUGCUCGAUGGCAGCGCCCGGUCUCUCGUCGCCGGACGCCAAGCGGCGGCCGGCCAAGCCGCUCGGCUACGAGCGGCCGCCGCUCAAGGCCCUGCUGGAGGCAGCCGUGGCCGCCUACGCCAACACGACCCACUCGCGGCUGACGCACAUCAGCCCGCGCCACUACGGCGACUUCAUCGAGUUCCUGAGCAAGGCGCGCGACACGUUCCUGCUGGCGCCGGACGGUCGGGAGCAGUUCGCCGCUCUGCUCGAGAACAUGCGCACGGCCUACAAGGGCAAGAAGAAGCUCAUGUGCCUGGUGCGCGAACGGUUCGGGUGAUGCUUCCGUUCGUUAGCUAGCUGCUGGUGAUAUAGUCAACGAUCUCAGACGCGCGCACGGCGGCGCGUGUGACGUCAUGACGACGUGGUGCCUUGGCGGCCGCGGGCGUAGCGUGGGUGGAUCCGGCUCUGGGGCGCACUGGGCAGGGUGACGCACCGGCCACUGGACCGCUCCCGGCUGAGGGGCGCACCGGCCGCUGGACCGCUCCCGGCUGAGGGUCGCACCAGGCUCUGGAACUCUCCAGGCCGAGGGGCGCACCAGCCGCUGGAACGCGUGAGCCGAGGGGCGCACCAGCCGCUGGAACGCGUGAGCCGAGGGGCGCACCGGCCGCUGGAGCGCGCGGCGAGCGGCCGCCUUGCUCUGCCACGACCAAAGAUGUACAGGGCCGGCCGGCCGUCUCUUCCAGGGCCGCACGGGCCUGUUUGGGGCCGGGAGGUCGCUGUACAUAGGCCGGGCGACCGGCCGCCGGCGCGGGGGGCGGACAGCAAUACCGCAAGCCGGCCCGGGCGCGUUCCUAGUUUUCUACGUCGGCUUUAGAUGGGCCGACGGUGGCGACGUCGCCCCGCUUGUAUGUACAUCUGCGUGUCCACGUGGGGUAAUAUGUGCUUGCUGCUGGUCGAUAGGGGCACCUUUGCGUCAGAUGACGCUCGC